AUGAUUUUUUAUCAUGAACAAGCAUUAAUUGAAUAUUUUAUACUUAUUACAUUAGUUUCGCCACUAGUUCUUGAAACAAUGGAUAACCGUGGUAAUAAUCGAGAUUCGGAUCGUGAUCGUGAUCGUGAUGGAUCAAACAACCGACGUAGUGUUAAUGAUCGCGGUGGAGAUCGUGAUGAACGAGAUCAACGUAAUGAAGCUUCUUCAUCUUCUUCUCAACAACGUCGAAUAGAAGAAGAAGAAACAACAACUAAUUAUCGUUCACAGAUUGCUCCGCGUUCAACAAAUAUUACAACAAAUCGAGUUGUACCUUCAUCAACUAAUAUGGUAAUGGAACGUUUCUAUUCCUAUGGUACUGGUGGUGGUGUUCCACUCAAACCAGGUGGUAAAUCAGCUGCUGUUGUAGCAAUUCAAGAAAAUCGUGACCGUGAAAAACGUGAAUUAAGUCAUCUUAAUGAUCGUUUUGCUUCAUACAUUGAACGUGUACGAUAUUUGGAAGCACUUAAUAAAAAACUUCAAUUGGAACUUGAACAUUUACGUGGUAAAUGGGGCUCGGAAACAGGUAAAGUUAAAGAAAUGUAUGAAGUUGAAAUACGAGAAGCUCGUCAUAUUAUCGAUGAAACAUCAAAGGAUCGUGCAACAGCCGAACUUCGAGCUAAACGUGCUGAAGAAGAAACAUUAAAAUACAAAGACAAAUAUGAAAUAUUAUUAGCUGGAAGAGACUCCGAUCGACAAAAAAUUGAUGCAUUACAAAAACAAUUAGCUGACAAUGAAGCUGAUCUCAAUCUAUUCCGACGUCGUUUAGCUGAUUUGGAAGAUGAGCAAAAACGUUUUCGUGCUGAAUCUCAAAAGCUUAUCUUAGAUAUUCAACGUGUAACACAAGAUUUAGAUCAUGAAACCAUAGCACGCGUACAAUUAGAAAAUGAAAAACAAAGUCUCGAAGAAGAAAUUAAUUUCUUAAAACAAAUUCAUGCACAAGAAAUUGAAGAAUUAAAACAUGCAAAUUUAAUUGGUACAGCAUUAGAUCCAUCGAAUUUUUUUAAACAUGAAUUAUCACAUGCCAUACGAGAUAUUCGAGAAGAAUAUGAACAACUUAAUAAUCAACAACGUAAUGAAUUAGAAUCAUGGUAUCGUAUAAAAGUUACACAAGCUGUCCAAGAAAUACAAGCACGUCGUGCUAUUGAAGGAGGACCGGACAGUGCUCGUGAACGAGAAGAAGUUAAAAAAUUACGAAUCAUAGUUACCGAUUCAAGAAAAGAUAUUUCGGCUAUGCGACAAAGAAAUGGCGAAUUAGAAAAUCGUAUUCAAGAAUUAGAAGAACUUGUACAGAUAGAACGACGUGAAGGUAUUCAAGCAGCAAAUGAACGUGAUCGAGAAAUACAAGAAUUACGAGCUCGUCUUGAAGAAUUAGGACGUGAUUAUGAUGAACUUGUUACUACAAAAUCCACGCUUGAUGCUGAAAUUGCAAUCUAUAGAAAAUUACUUGAAGGAGAAGAAAAUAGAGGAGGUUUAAAACAAAUAGUUGCAAAUGUUGAAGAACAAGCACGAGCAGACUUCGCUAUCUCUGGUGGAGGUAGCGGAGGAGGAGGAGGAGGAGGCGGCGGCGGUGGUGGAGCUGGCGGAGGAGCUAGUGGCGGAGGUUUCGGAGCAAUAGGUGGUGGAUUCAGUUCAUCAAGUAGCGCCGGUGGCGGCGGCGGCGGCGGUGGUGGUGGAGUUUCAUCAUACUCUUAUUCACGUUCCUACCGAACAACAAGUGGUGGUCAAGGUAAGCAAAUAUUACAUCUACUCUAUGCACUAUGUUAUGUCGCACGUUGUAAUAAAUAA